AUGACCCCCACUCUUUCUCCCAAACGUCCUCCUUCGCUGUUCGCUGGCAGUAAAAUUCGAGAAAUCGAGGAGGCAAAUUCUUUUUACUACAAUUCCCCACACCUCGCGGACAUGAGAAACACCACGCUGCUGCCGUCCCCUGAGGAGGAUCUUCCUCACUUAUGGCAGAAACCCACCUAUGAGGUACUUCUUACACGUCUCAAAAAGCUCCGCGUUGAGCCUCCAGUGUGGAAUCUUGACGCUUCGCGCGCUCAGAUUCUCAAGGAACAGGCCGUCACAGCGCAUGACCGACGGGAAAUACUUUCUUUCCUGUCCACCAUUAUCAAGAGCGGGUUACCGUGGCUUGACAGCGAUGAUGAGCGGGAUGUGAUUUGGGAGGAGGCCAGCAAGCGCAUGUCGGAGCGGUGUGGCCGAACAGCGAUGGGGGAGAUUACCCGGCGUUGGCCCUUUGAAAAUCACGGCGAUGGCGACUUCGAUUUGGUGAUCAGAGAGCCACCCCUGACUGGGGACUCCCUAGGCCUCAAGACAUGGGGCUCAUCUUAUGCGCUUGCUCAACUCCUCCACGAGUUUAGCGCUGGGCCCCUCGCACACUUGUUUCUUCCCCGUGCACUUGCGGUGCCACAGGAGAUCCUCGAACUAGGAUCCGGCACCGGCCUGCUGGGCCUCGCUGCCGCUUGCGUGUGGAAGACAAAUGUUGUCCUCACAGACUUAGCCGUCAUCAUCCCUAACUUGGCGCACAAUGCGUCUCUCAACCAGGAAGUCGUAGAUGGUCGGGGCGGCAGAGUCGAGGUCGCCGCAUUGACAUGGGGUGGUAGCAAAGACGACAUUGACCCGAUGUUUUGGGAGCCGAACCGCUACCAGCUCAUCAUUGUGGCAGACCCCCUGUAUGAUGACGACCAUCCAUCACUACUUGCCGCCGCCAUUGAUGAGCAACUUGCCCUUAACCCGGAUGCAAGGGCUCUUAUCAUGGUACCACAAAGGGAUGAGACCACCAAAGGGCUCCUCAACAACCUAAGGGGGGAGUUGGCCCGGCAACCCAACCCCCUUUCUUGUGUGAAGGAGGACAUCGUGGAUGGGCAAGACGACUGGGGUAAUGAGCAUGACGACGAGGAGAUGCCCGCCGUGGGUUUCUGGUGGGGAGUGUUUGGGCGUGAUCGGUCCGCUCUCAGCUAG